AUGGCGGCUGCUCGAAACAAACGGCGUCUGCAUUCGGGCAGAGAACGACGAAGGCUCGCCGCUAUCAACUUUCUUUCGAACAUUUCCCUGGAUGGAACUCACAGUGACACUAAGCUUAACAUAUUCAACUGUUCAAAUCAUGGAUCGGAGAGAAAAGAGAUCGUAUUAUCGCCGGCGAUAGGGUUGUUGGAAGAAGAAGAAUCCGUCGCGCGGUGUGCUGUGAAUGUGCACGAUGUGUCAGAUGCUGGCAAUGACAGAAGGUGUGUGUCACUCACAGAACACACCGACACCUCUACAAUAUUACCGUCAUCGAAACCGGCCACAUCCAGGCAAACAACAUUCUUAACACUGACAACAGACUGCGGAAAGAAUGUCUCCCAGCUUUCUGAUGAUUCAGCAACUGACAUUUCAUCCACCUCCAUGCCGGCGCCGACGUCAGUAACACAGCUGAUUACCGCUAAAGAGGACCCUGCCGUCACAUACAAGAGAUGGAGCUCUUUUCAGGACGGAGGAAAGACCGGGUCCCCAGCUUUAUUAAGGGCAAGCUCCUACUCAGGAGAUCGGGAGCGAGUUGGGAGAAAGAAGCUGCCUCUAGGGCAUGAAUCUGGGAUUACUUCCUCUCAGGUGAAGGCCGGGUUCGAGAAAGUCGCUGAACGACUUCGGAGAUCGAGUUCCAUCUCUGCAGAUUCCAGUGACUCGAGUACACGAGGCACUAGAGAAAUCAGAUUUAUUCUGAUUGAUCGCUUGAGACGGCGGCUACUGAGAAAUGAACGAGUGGUAAUGGUAUCCAAGAAGAAGGCUCCUGUGGUGGUAUCCUCAACCCUGGCUUACAACAGGGCCACUCAGCAUGGCAUACGCAGACCCGACAUCAGUGAGGACGUUCCGAUUGUACGUGUUCGUCAUUCGUCGGGGACUAGCCUUCGCCCUAUCUCCACCACUUACGAGGAUAUGUUGACAUUUGGCCUCCAGGUGCUGGCACGGACAGAGGAUGGGCAGGAUGUAUCAUACAGCGAGUUUCUGGUGCCAUCGCGGUACCAGCACAUUGUCAGGUCACCACACCACCAUGAGCAGGCAUUGCUGGAUACCCAAGGGCAUCAUGUCCUGGCACACAGAAGUUUCUCUUAUGACCCUACCCUAGCACAGAGAAUGACCACAACCCCAUCCAUUCUGGAGAAAGUUGCAGAGGAGCCUGACGCAGGUUAUGACCCCUGUGCACUGGAUGACCCUGAGCUGAGUUCAGGAAGUUACCGCACUCUAAUGACCUUCCCCUCCUACAUUACCUCUGUGAUUGACUAUGUGAGACCAUCAGAGCUAAAGAAGGAGCUGAAUGAAAGGUUUCAUGAAAAGUUCCCACAAAUUCAGCUGACCCUGAGCAAAUUACGCAGCUUAAAGAGGGAGUUGAAACGAAUUGCUGCAGAAAAGUGCGGAGUAGAUCUGUGGACAGUGGCACAGUCUUAUGUGUAUUAUGAAAAACUAACUUUGAAGCAUCUGAUAACCAAGCAGAACCGUAAACUGUGUGCUGGAGCCUGCCUGAUGCUGUCUGCCAAGCUGAAUGAUGUGAAAGGCGCAGAUCUGUCAAAGCUUAUACAGUGUACCGAGGAUGAGUUCAGGCUGCACAGAAAAGAAAUGCUAGGAUAUGAAAUAGCCGUGCUUGUUGCUCUGGAGUUUUCCCUUCAUAUUCCUGACCAGGAAGUGUAUCCUCACUACCAGAGGCUGGUCUGCAACUCCUGACACAGACUGCUCUACAAAUCCUGACACAGCCUCUUCUCUCUCCUCUCAGAAGCUAUACAUCUGACUGUCACUCUACAAUUGGAAACAUACUCUACUGUUCCAAAGACAGGAUUUUUUUAACCCUUUUUAAUACAUUCACCAUUCAGUAUAUUCUCUACUAAUACAAAUAGAAGGUCAACGACCCAGGAUCCAAUACAGUCCAGAAAUGGGUUAAUCUUCAUCAUGUGACACCCACACUUUUAGUCUGUUUACAGUGUCAUCUACACCUUGUACAUGUCCAGACUCUAACAUCAAAACCCAGGCCUUUCCAGGUCAACACUAUGGUUGUUUGGCCCACCACAGUAUUGUCCUGUAUUUUUGAGUACUGCCUAGAAUGUAUUGUCAAAACAUUGAGCAAGUGGAAGCAAAAAACUUGUUAUGACCUGUCUUUUUCUAACAUGAAG